AUGAUACAACGUUUGGAUGCGGCGAGCGCACGAAGGUUGAGUGCGGGGCAGGUCAUUACAGGUCUCCCUAGCGUCCUGAAGGAGUUGGUGGAAAACAGCCUGGACGCCGGGGCUCACACCGUCACUGUGCGCCUUGAGGACUACGGCCUGGAAAGGAUUGUAGUGGAUGACGACGGCAGUGGUAUGGCGCUGAGCGAUUUGUUAACCAGCGAGGGGAAUGUAAAAGAAGAUGUUUGUUUGCCCCUUCUCGCGUGUAGGGCCACGACGAAGCAUCAGCAGGGGGAUGACGAUGCGUCGGCGGCGCAGGUGCGGGACUUGCUGGGGUUUCGAGGGGAAGCGCUGCACUGCCUCGCCAACCUGAGCGAGGUGACAAUUCAGACCAUGACGGCGGCGAGCCAGCCCGUCACUCUCUGCAUUACAUAUGACAUCAAGGCGCACCGCACCAGUGUGAGGGCGUCACGGGAGCGCAACGAUCCGGGUACCACCGUCGUCGUGGAGAAGCUCUUCCGAGCCCUUCCUGUGCGUCAUAGAGAAUUUAACAAGAACAAAAAAAAACAACUGCUUGCCGCCACGUUGCUCAUGAAGCAGUACGCACUUUCGACAUCCCCACGUACGACUGCUAGUGACGCAUUGCUUAGGCCCGCGGAGUGCGCCGACGACUCUGGUGUCGUUGACGGGGACAAACGACAUCCAGCGUGCAUUGGCAGAAGCCUACGGUGGCCGCUACCUCGCCAACAUGAGCCGCGUGGAGUGGGAGAUGUCAUUUGGCACCCUCACCGGUUUUGUCUCAAAGAUUGA